AUGCCACCCCCAAUUCCGACAGGAAUCCGUUCCCUCCCCGUUGAACUCCACAUCAUGAUCCUUUCCCACCUCUCCUAUCUAGAUCACAUAUCCUGCGAAAGUGUUUUACCAAUAUGGUACAAUCUCAUCAGCGACCCUUUCACAUUCGCCGAACGCUAUACCCAAUCAAAACUACGUUAUACAAUGACGUACCCGGAUGAACGCUAUUUAAUCCACCAACUCCUUCGAGACUGUUACUUCAUCGUCCAUUCCUCACCAGAAUCUAAAAAAGCAAUUCAAGAGUCAGAUUCAAUGACAGUUACACUUAUUCCCGUAGCGGCGGUUAGCGAGAAGGAAUCGGAACAGUAUCCUGAGAAUCUAUUUUUCUUAGAUACGAACUUAUUCGAACAUCAGCCGAUAUCUAGUAUUUCAGGUGCAAUGAAGUUUACGGAUGCCCCGUUUCUUGAUGAUGCAGUUUGGGUCGAUAACAACUAUAACAACGAUAGCAUCGACCUCUCGCCUAAAAACGAACCAGAUUGCAAUAUAUGGUUCUACCCAGCAAGCUGUAGUCACAAACUCGGCUCUCUCGAACUUCCAGUCAAAAGUUUCACUAUCAGAGAUCUAUUAACAACCAGCAUCUCUCACUCCGCCACAGCUUCGAGGUUAGUAGCCCACGGCUGUCAGGAUUGUUGGAGUACUUGCAAGGAACAACGAAUAGUCCAUAUUCCAGGCGGUGUAAAACCGAUAUACCUCCAAAGAGAACAUCUCAUGAAUUGGACGUAUAGGAACCCGAGGAAACAUUGGAUGGGGAUAUUUGCCUUUGAGAGGUAUUUUGUCAAUGUACAGGAUGUAGAUGAUGGAGAAAUAUGUGGAAAGGUGGUGAAACCAUGGCAUUGGACAUCAUUUUGGAAUCAAAUUGUUUAUGACGCGGAGGGGUGGGCGCCGACCAAAGGGGGAAGCGGAUGUGUGCUAUUGGGAUUGGAUGAUAUGAAGUAUGAGAAGGACAGGAGGAAAGAUGCCCAAGAAGGACAGUAUCGGUGGCGUUGA